ACGCGGGCAGGCAACAUGGCGGCGGGAGGGGAGGAUCAGCUGUCAAAUCACCUCACUAAUAACGCCGAAAAUGACCUCAUUAAGACUCUGGACCUGCAGCUGGAGGAGCUGGACGAUGAGGAGUUCCAGCUUCCUCCGGUGGGUGAGAUGCCCACGCUGGAGAGCAUCCUGAACGAGAACGACCCGGCCAGUGUGUCUGACGACGAGCUGACCCCCGCAGCCCCGCCCCACCCCAAGAGCUCCUUCUCCACCGAGGGCGGGGACACCCUCUCCGUGCACUCCCGCGCCAGCUCAGAGUCCCGCAGCCGCACCUCCUCCAGUGAACGGCACAGUGCCAGCGGUGGAGGGCGGGGCCGCAGGGAACCGCCCAACAAGACGCAUGGCUCCAUCCUGCGCCAUGUCAUCCUCAAGGGCGUGGCGUCCCAGCUGGUGUCGGCACAUGAUAGGGUUGGCGCCGGGCUCCCCACCACCAUGGCCGUGGGUCUAGUGAUUUGCAUAGGCACCAGCCACGGCCUUAUCCUGGUGUUUGAACCCACGCAGGCCCUCAAGUGCUGCCUCGGAUCAACGCAGCACGGGGAGCAGUUUGGGGCGGUGUCAGCUCUCGCCCUUAACCAGGAUUGCUCGAGGCUGCUGGCUGGGUUCGCUAAGGGCCAGAUCUGCCUGUUUGACCUCACCGCCAGCAAGCUCCUGCAGACCAUCUCGGACGCCCACACGCCCUUCACCGCUGUACUCCAUCUCAAGUGGACCGACUACCCGGGCGUUGCUGUGAUAAGCGACAGCGGAGGUUCGGUGUUUGAGCUCUCGAUCAAGCGUACGAUGGGGCUAAACUCCAAUGAGUCGCGCUGCAUCUUCUCCGGCAGCCGCGGCGAGGUGUGCACCAUCGAACCGCUGCUCAUGUCGCAGUUCCGCGCCACGCCUUCCAUCGACACCGUGAUCCUGGCCAUGGCUACGAUAUCUAAGGUCAUUGUGGUGUCGCUGCGGCCCCAGUUGAAGGUGCUGUUCUCCCACCCCCUGAAGGCCUCCCCCGCCACCCUUCCGCUCCUAGCCUGGCAGUUUGUUGUCAUCCAGAUGUCGGACGGAACGAGAGUCAUUGAUCCAGUGCUUGCAUUCGGCAGGGAGCGCACCAUCUAUUUCUACCAGCUGACGCACGGUAGCCAAGACGAGCUCCAAUUCGUGGCGCUACAGAAGAUGUCGCUGCCGUAUGUUGUCCAAGCGCUGGCGUGGCUCAACACUCGGACACUCGCACUGACGGACGCGCGGGAGAGGCUGCACGUGGUGGAUGUUAAGACGCAGGAGGAGCUGGAGCGUCUGGACCUGGCUCCCCUCGGCCUGGUGUAUGCCUCGUCACACUUUAAGGCUAUUGCCACUGGGGGGAAUGUGAGCAAGGCCAUGGCUUUGGCGGGGGAGCGAGCGUGCUAUCACUCCAUGGUCAGCUGUGGCUCCCAAGUGCUGCUGCUGGGGACCAAGUCUUUCCAGGUGGUGACGGUGCGCUCGUGGGUGGACCGUCUUGACCACCUGGUGCGCGCCGGCCACAUGCAGGAGGCCCUACAGCUGGCCCUCGACAUCUACCAGGACAAGGCUCAGGCGAUCGUGGGACUCAAACACCGGAAGGAGAAGAGACAGCAGCUCGUCCAGGAGAAGGUUUACGAGCUCCUGACGCAGUACCUCGACUCCGCUCUCGACACAGUGCCAGAGAGGGGCAACUUGACGGCCCUUACGCAGCACUAUUCACAGCUGGUGCCUCUGUGUGUGAGGGUGGCGGUAGGGGCCGGCCUCAGGGAUGUGUUGUUCGGAAGGAUUUGGGAAACGUUCAGCGAGGAUGCGAUUUCGAAAGGGAUCAUUCUUGAGGCGCUGGAGCCGUACAUCUUGAGUGACCAGCUUGCCGAAAUGUCCCCCAGCAUCACCCAGUGCCUACUAUCCCACCAGGAGGCCUCGGGAAGACUCCAGGCGGCGGAGGCUUGCAUAGUCCACCUCUCCGUUCCCUCCCUCGACCUCCACCAAGCUAUGACGCUCUGCUGGGCUCACGGACUCUAUGACGCGAUCUUCUAUAUUUACACGAGAGGAAUGGCGGAUUUUGUCACCCCACUGGAGGAGCUUGUGACGGAGCUACGUGGGGCAUUGGACAGCGGACAGGCUCUACAGGACGGACAGGUCACGCUCGGCAACAAAAUCCUGGUGUAUGUUUCGUGCUGUCUAGCGGGUCGGGGGUACCCUCACGGCGAGCUUGACCCCGAUCAGACGCAGCAGGUCAAACACGAGAUUUUCAAGUGCCUCACGUCGCUCCACUCGAAGAACGCGCAGCCCACCGAGCCCUCGUACCCGCUCCUUCGGACUCUGCUUCGGUUCGACACGAGGGAGUUUUUGAAUGUACUUGCGUUGGCGUUCGAGGAAGCCGAGUUCACGUCCGAGCUCGGCAUGCAGCAGCGGCAGCGUGUGGUGGAUAUACUGAUACAGGUGAUGGUGGACGACGAGGGGUUCAGCCCGGCCCAGCUCGGAUCCCUCUUCACCUUCAUCGCACGGCAGAUGUCGAAACAGCAGGGAGCCAUCGCCAUUAACCGACAGCUGUUUGACCAGGUCCUGUGUCAUCUCACCUCCUCCGACACUGAGAGUUACCGCGAGGAGAGGCAGACGGCCCUUCUUGAGCUGCUGCAGGGCGGGGGAAUCGCACACUAUGACCCGGAGUACUUGCUGGAGAGGGCGCGGCAGGCUGAGUUUUACCGCGUGUGUGAGUACGUCUACGAGGAGCGCGGCGAGCUGGAGAAGAUCGUGGAGUGUUACCUGGAGGACAAGAUGAGGCAACACCAGGUCUUCACGUACAUCCGCACCGUGCUCUCCUCGCCGCAGUUCACGGACCUCCACGCACAGAAGAUCCAGGACCAGUUCGUCAAGCAUAUCAAGACCCUGCUUGAGAUAGACAGCAGCCGCGUGGCCAGCCUGCUGUUGACGGUUGGCCAGCUGACACCCCUGCUGCCCUCCAUUGCCCAGCAGCUACGCGGAAAUACGGAUGACCUCUUCAGCCUCCUACACGCACUCUUCACAUACAGGUGGACGCAUGCCUCUCCGGGGGGCCGUGGGGGUGAGGCGAGCGAAGGCCCCCUCACCCCAGAGCUGCAGGAGGAGUAUAUUGACCUGAUGUGUGUGGUGCAGCCCGGCCAGGUGUACGCCUACCUCAAGGGAGCUGACGGAUAUCGGCUUGAGCAGACUUUGGAGAUCUGCAAGCACCACAAACAACAAGAGUCGACCGCCUUCCUGCUGGAGCGAGCGGGUGACAUUAAAGGUGCUUUUGACAUUUUACUAGCCAUCCUCAAGGCCAGAGUGGAUGAUCUGUUGUUAUGCAUCAAGGAUCCCGACAAGGACCUCAUCACAUCCCUAGGCCGUGUGCAAGCUCAGGUGGUUAAGUUGGUGCGAGUUUGCCAGCUGGGGUCGAGCCAGCUGGAGGAGAAUGGCCGGAGAGAGUUGUGGUUCCCUCUGCUGGACAUCCUCCUGGCCACACAGCCCACGUUAGCCGCGCACCACCAGCCAGCGCAUGAGAUGCGUCAGAUGGUGGGCCACGUGGUCAACAGCAUGAUGACGCACAUAUCCCUGCCGGCCAUCCUGGAGCGCGUCAUGCACGACCCGGGAUACUGCGACGGGAACUUUGCACAGAUCAAACACCUCCUGAAGGGCAUGGUCGAGCGUUACGUCUACGAGGAGACUCUAUACGCGACUGUCGUUCGGAUACUGGCGGGGGACCAGCUCCGUUACCUCACCCAGCAGCACUCCCAGGCCCGCGCCCCCCUGGUGGUGCACUCGCCGACCUGCGCACUCUGCCACAGCUCCUACCACCCCUCCAGCCGUGCCCUUGUACAUAGCUGCGGGCACAGUUACCACAAGCACUGCGGGGGGGAGUCUGCGACCUGUGUGCUGUGUACCGGUGGGGGGCAGCGUGACGUCACCUCGGAGGAUCCCCUGCCGAGCGACCCAACACCCCAGCCCUCGGCUGGUCUUGACGAAACACAACUGGAGGGCAUCAGAAGAGUCCGAGUCCAGGGGUCUAGCGGAUCUCGUCUACAGUUCCUGGAAGACCUCUCGGCUCCAAGGGCGGGUGAAGGCUCCUCCUCGGUCCGCACCCCAAGCAGGACCAAAGGCUCAGGCUCGGGCUUGGUCUCGGGCGGUCAGGAAAUUUGGUUGUCGCAAGAUUUUCCGCUGAAGUUGAAUCCGCCGACGCUAGACUUCGUGGAGAGCGAUCGAGUGGUGCUAUAGAGUGUGCAUGUGGUUGUGUGUGUGUUCGUGUGUGUGUGUGUGUGUGUGUGUGUGUGGGUGUGGGUGUGUGUGGGUGUCAGGGAUAAAAAAAAAAAAAAUUGUAGGUUUCGGUUGUGAUUUUGACGGCCAGUGAUGUGCGUGUGUACGUAUGUGUGGGUACGUAUGUGUGUGUGUGUGCGUGUACGUCAGAUGAUCAGUGAAAAGGGAGAACGUAAUUGCCAAAGGAGUGACUAAAAAAAAACAAUAAAAAGGUCGAUUUAGGAAUAGUCUAGCACGUAAAUAAUUCUCUCCCUCGGUUCCGAUAUUAAAAAACGUAAAUUCUGCCGUACAUUCCAAGACUACGAAAAGACAUUGAGGGUGCGCCGAGACCCCUGACUAAGCUAACGGGCUGCUGGUUGACUAAGGGUGGCUGCGAGGGCCCUUUACGUUAAGUUAAAAAAAAGUAAUGGUGCAGCUUCAGAUUGUUGACACUUUACCCCUUCGUUAAAUUUAUGCUCUCGUCUUUUUCAUCAUUUCUUUUUGCAUCUGUUAUCGUUAUUGUCAUUUUUCAUCCUCUUGUCAUUUUUCAUCCUCUUGUCAUUUUUCAUCCCGCUGUCAUUCUUCAUCCUCUUGUCAUUUUUCAUCCUCCUUGUCAUUUUUCAUCCUCUUGUCAUUUUUUCAUUCUCUCGUCUUUUUUCAUCCUCUGUAAUUUUUCAUCCUGUCUUUUUUUUUCAUCCUCUUGUCAUAUUACAUCCUUUUGUCAUUUUUCAGCCUCUCGUCAUUUUUCAUCCUCUCUGUCAUUUUUCAUCCUCUUGUCAUUUUUCAUCCUUUGUCAUUUUUCAUCCUCUUUGUCAUUUUUCAUCAUCUUGUCAUUUUUCGUCCUCCUUUAAUUUUUCAUCCUCUCAUUUUUCAUCCUCUUGUCAUUUGUCAUCCUCUGUCAUUUGUCAUCCUCUGUCAUUUUUCAUCUUCUUGUCAUUUUUCAUCCUCUUUUACUCUAUCAAUAUAUUUUUCUAUAGUCUGUUGGGUUUGUUGACGUUCCGCCUUUGUUAAAUUUUUCAUAUUUUUCAACUUUCUCUUUUUUUCUUUUUUCGUCAUUGCCGUUUCUCAUUCUACUAAAAAAAAUCAAUGUGUCUUUCUAUCUUCUAUUUCUUCUUCUCAGUCUUCAUGUCUAUUAUCCUCCAUUCUUUUUUUUGUUCGGUAUUUCAGUAUUUAAAUUCCGUAUGCAAAGUUGUGAUUGAGAAUAAGUCAUCAUCGUCAUCAUCAUCAUCAUUGUCGCUGUCAUUAUGCAGUCAUUAUCAUAGUUGUUGGUAGCCUUAUGUUUCACUAUGUAUAAUUAGGCUGGGAGGAAAGCUGAUUAUUAUUAUUAUUAUUAUUAUUAUUACCACUAUUAUAAUUAUCACUACUAUUAUUAUUAUUAUUAUUAUUAUUAUUGAGUAUGUUUUUUUUUUCAAUGAGGCAGAACAAAGGCUAAACAAAAAAAGAAAAAAAAGAGCGGGUAAAAAAUGUCUGUUACGUAAUCCUCAUACGAUUAAAACACUGCAACGCGUCACUCGUAAACAAAACCCACAAAAAACGACGCAACACUCCACCGACGUGCCACAAUUCAAGCGUUUAUUGGCACCCUGAAUCAUCUAUUGGUGCAGAAUAACCUUAUAUACACCCCAAACAACUGACCUCAUGAAUGGCAGCUUACCGAGGCCAGGGUAUGUGUGUGUGGGGUUUAAUAGGACAUGCAGACAUAUAUUUAAGUGACGCUAAAAGACAGUGGUUUGACCCGUGCUGUGUCGAGGUGGUUUGUGCUUUGUGAGGAGGAAGGGAAGAAGAGGAGGAGGAGAGAGGAGCAGAGAGAAGGAAAGAGGAACAGAUAGGAGAGAGAAAAAAUUGGAGGAAAGAGGAGAAGGAAAGAGAAAGGAAAAGGAGAGAGAAAGAGUAGGAGGAAAGAGAGAGAAAAGCAUUGAGAAGGAAAGAGAAACAGAAAGGAGAGAGAAUUGGAGGAAGAGAGAGAAAGAAUUGGAGGAAAGAGGAGGAAAGGAGAGUAAAAGGAGACAAGAAAAGAAGGCAGGAAAAGAGGAGAGAAAGAACAGGAGAAAGGGAGGAAAAAUGAGGAAGGAGGAAGAGGAGGGUUGGGAAGAAAUGGCAAAGAAGGCGAUAGGAAGAAGGAGAGAGAAACAGGAGGAGGAAGAGGAAGAGGAGGAGGAGGAUCUAGAUAAACCAAAGACAUCUCAGGGUACAUAUUCUUCCCUUUCGAGGCCAAACUAAUAUAAAACAAGUAAAGAUUGCCUCGAACCUAACCAGGAACGCACCUCUCACCAAAACGACAUGACGUAUAGAUUCAGAAACUUCAGUUCAUAAGGUCGUGAUCUUAAACAUUUCGACACCCAGGUACACAAAUUCAACUAGGCUUUCGUAGGAGUUGGGUGUGUGAGGGGAUUUCCAUGUGGGUAGUUUCAUGACCCUGGUGGUAGUUUGAAAAGCCAUGAAUUUGAAAACGACAAGACUAAUACCCAUUUCACACGUAUUGGACAAGACUUUCGUAGGAGUUGUGUGUGGGGGGGUAGUUUCAUGACCCUGGUGGUAGUUUGACAAGGCAUGAAUUUGAAAACGACAAGACUAAAACCCAUUUCACACGUAUUGGACAAGACUUUCGUAGGAGUUGUGUGUGGGGGGGAUAGUUUCAUGACCCUGGUGGUAGUUUGAUAAGGCAUGAAUUUGAAGACAAGACAAAUAUCCAUUUCAUACGUAUUGGACAAGACUUUCGUAGAUGUGUGCUUGUGGGUAGUUUCGUAGUGACUUGCAAUCUGAUGUAUGUGAAGGCACGAUUUUAGUUUGUUAUGAGAGUGGAAGAAAAAAGAAAAGAAAACGUGAUGAGUUGAAGGGCAGACUGAAGAAAUUAAGGUAGAGAAAACGGGAAAAUUUAGAGGGUCACUACAGCUUCAUGACCCUGGUGGUGGUUCGACAAGGCUUCGGAACAUGGAAAAAACACACAAAAACAUGAUUAAUAUCCUUUUGGGCGUUUGGAAAUAGUUGACGUAAGUGUCGGAGGAGAAAGAAUAGUUUGACGAAUCUUAGUUUUGUUCCAUCCUUCCUUCCUUUCAAUGUUCCUUCCUUUACCUUUCUUUCUUGUUAUUCUCUCCUAAUCAUCCCUUCUACCUCACUCUAUCCCAUCCUUCCUUCCUCUCCUCAUUCGUUCCUUCCCUUUCCUCUUUCCGAACGUAAAAUAAACACACAAGAACCAGCCUAACCUUCUUUUUCGGCCCUUGGAAAAUAGAUUACGCGAGUGCCGGCAAUGUCCAAGUGUGCCAACCCCAGAGAUUCAAGGUUGUGCCGCCCUAAGUCUAUAUAUACCAAGUCAAGUCACUCUGCUUCAAAAAUGCGACUGGUACACGCAGGAGGCAGUUUUGGGGCGGGGCAGCAGAAUGACGUCACUUGGAGCUUAAAAAAAAAAUACCCGCCAGUUCAGGGGUGACUAAAGUUGGGGCCGUGUGUGCACUCUGGAUGUACAUUCUCGCCUUCUUUCACAGCGCGUCCAGGCAAGCCACUGACGAAAAAAUAUGUCUUUUUAUUGUGCUAUUGCGUGACUGUAAUUCCAUUGCCUACAAACGCCGGUGUGGGGUGUGAGGGAGGGCAUGUUGAAGUGAUUGAUUUAAAUUAGUCCGCCUUUCUUCGUUUUCUCUAAAUCCCUGUUUCUACAUUCUCUAGUUUGGCUCCAAGCAGUGUCAUGCAUAAACCACGCCUCGGCCGUGUCUCCUCCCACAAACCUGCGUAUGACUUGACUUGGUGUAUAUAGACUUAGGUGCCGCCGAUGUCACCGUUUUCCGCCUCCGCCGGUUGACUGUACAAAUCACCAGUUUCCGCGCCGUUGUGGUCAGAAUCGGAGCCUUAGAAUAGGAGUGGUGUGGACAGCUUCUUUACGAGUGCUAUGUCGUUACGUAAUGAGAUGUGCGAAAGUCAAUUUGUCGCUGAUGUGAUGGUGGUUUUAAUGUGGUUUGGGUAUUGUCGAAGGCUCGGAGAAGUAUACCCAGAACACACACACACACACACACACACACACACAAUAGCCUAUCAUAUUAGACUCAGUUUGAAUUUCACGGCAGAGGAGGAGGAGGAGGAGGAAGAGGAAGAGAAGGGGUAGUAAGAGGAGGAGGAGGAGGAGGAAGAGGAGAGGAAGAGAGGAAGAGAGAGAGAAAAGGAGAAGGAGGAGGAGGAGGAGGAGAGAAAGGAAGAAAAGGAAGAGAAUGAGAAAGGAAAAGAGAGAGAAGGAAGAGAAGGAGGAGGAGGAGAGAAAGGAAGAAAAGGAAGAAAAUGAGAAAGGAAAAGAGAGAGAAGGAGGAGGAGGAGGAGGAGGAGGAAGGAAGAAAAGGAAGAAAAUGAGAAAGGAAAAGAGAGAGAAGGAGGAGGAAGAGGAGGAGGAAGGGCGCCAAUUCAAAUUUCGAACAUUUCAUUUCGUAACAAGAUGUCGCCUCCGAUGAAUUUGACCACAAUCUCCUAUUCUACAAUUCUUCUAACAAUACUCAUUUAUCAGUCACAUUUCUGCUGCUGCUGCUAAAACUGUACUGCUGCAUUCUAUUUUAUUAUUAUUAUCAUUGGACAGAAGAAUAGACGCAGAGAUGAUUUGCCGCAGUGCUAUCCCUAGUGUGUAAGUCUAAUUUUGUAUAGAAAUGUACCAAAUAUAUAUACGAUGCAUUGCUCAGCGGAUGAUUUUCAA